AUGGGUCGGCAACCGAGACAACGUCCAAUUUCGUGCCACCUGUGUAGGGUACGAAAGUUACGCUGCAGUCGCCAGUUUCCGUGCUCCAACUGCACGUCUCGCGGCGUCGUUUGCCAGCAUGAAGGCGUUGCGGUCACGGCAGCUGCGGCAGGGACCCAGCAGCAGGUAAAAUCGCCUGUCCUGAAAGACAUGUCCACGAUGGACCUCUUGGCCCGGCUGGAACGCCUCGAGAGCAUCGUUGCGGCCCAGGGCAGGGAGAGGACGGAGCCCCCGAGCCAGAGAGAAACGCCCAGGAACGAGUCUGAGAGAUCAACGCAUCCAAGUCCUGCCACAGUCUCGCGCCCUGUGCCUCCCAGGCUUCAGCGUCUGACAGCAGAUGCUCUGCAGCUUGAGCGGACUUGUUCAGAUCAAGUAUUGACGGACUCGUUGAUAUCUGAACCUAUUGUUUUCCGCACCUGUCCCAUCCGGUUGGCCCCUGGUCAACCGUCGUACACUUUUCAGAAUAACACUUUUCAAAAUAACAGUGCUCCCUCAAUGGUAGGACCAAUGGACGUUGUGAAGUGCAUCUGGCUGCCGCAGCGAGACGAGAUGCGCGUUAUACUCCAGAAGUAUAUAGCUGAUAUUUCCUUUUUCUACCACAUUGUCCAUGUCCCCGCACUCCAGAGCCUCCUUGAAGAUAUAUACGCUGGCUUGGAAGCAAACGUACGCGUUGAUGUUGGCGGCGUGCUAUUGCUUCUGAGCAUAUGUGCGAGCACAACGUAUGCAUGGUCGACCCCCGACGAUAUCAGAUGUAUAUUCGCAAAUCCAGCCGAAGCGAACGGUCAGUCGACAUUUUGGAUUAAGCAAGCUCUGGAUGUCAUCAGCCAUUCGCAAAAAACUGCGCAUGCAUCGCUGGAGUGUAUCCAGGGCCUCAUCAUCCUCUUUUUUGCCUUUUGUAAUCACGAGAGCGUCUCAUUCCGUGCCCGUAAUGUCUUCAUGUACGCCAACUCAAUGGCCACGGAGCUGCUAUUGCAUCGCAUCGAUGACCCUACGGCCAGCUCAAUGCCGAUGCUUGUUCGAAUGAGUGAGGCAAAAAAGGAAAUCGCCAGGAGAGUUUGGUGGUUCAUGGUUGCAACUGACUGGACGCUUGCUCAAUUCAGCUGUCCACAAGAAGGGGUUUGCCUCAUCCACAAAAACCAAAUGGCAGUAAACAAACCGCGGAAUACAAACGACGAAGACAUUAUCGAGGGAGGAGAAAUCAUCGACAGACCAGAAUCCGAGGCGACUUGUAUGUCGUACUUUAUCCAUCGCAUCCGCUUAUCAGAGAUCUGUCGAAAUUUGCUUGACGGCACGCCUGUGGGCACCCAGACUUCCGAGUCUAUAGCAUACCAGGACAUACUAGAUGCCGACGCAAAGCUUAACCAGUUCAUCCAGAACGCCCCGAGCUUCUUUUCGAUUGACUGUCCUGGCUUAGAUGACCUUCCUGCCACAGAUGUUAAACGCUCAUUUUUCAUCACUACACAGCGCUAUACGUUGAAUCUGCUAGUUCACCGGCAGCUGUGUAAGAUUCACCUCCCGUAUCUGGCUCAGGGGACCAUCGAUCCGGCGUAUGCGUAUUCACGCGACGCUUGCCUGAGGUCAGCCAGAAUCAUUUUCGAGCUCGAUCAUCAGCUACAAAACGAAAAUAUACCCUUUUCCAAAUCUCGUUUGAGACUAUCGAUGGUGCUGCGGAGUGUGUUCUUGGCCAGCAUUGCGCUCAUGCUGAAUGCCUGUCUCAAAGGUGAUGCUGAGGACAAUGCAGAGGGAGAAGAUGAGGUGGCCGGGGCAUGGAAGAUUCUGCACGAAGUACAAGACCAGUUUCCUCCGGCAGCGAAAUUGCUGGAGCUUUCUAUCAAGAUUCUUCGGAAGUACAAGAUUAAGCACCGCGCUCUGGAUCUAUUGCAGCAACAAGUCUCGAGGAUAUCUCCGUAUAGCGACUCAUUUCCCAUGACGCCAGAAUCGGCGAAUCAAGAUAUCCGAAUGAGUUGCAUGCAACAGAAUGUCGGCACAGAAACCGAGAACAUACUACUGGAGCAGCAUUGGCAGAUGCUGGAAGGGAAGAUGGACUUGAAUGCAAUAGAUUGGGAUAAGCUGUUUUGGGGUAUCGACGCACCGUUUAUUUAA